UGAGGAGGCAUCAGCUGGACUCAGAGCAGCAUCAGCAUCAGCAGCAGGUUUAGGAGGCUCAGCAGCCAGCAGCAGCCAGCAGCCAGCAGCCCAGCUCCUUCACACCCUGAAGGACCGUACACCUCCAGGGCAGGAGACCUCUGCAACUGCCACCACUGCUGCAGGAGGACCAGGAGUGAGUAGCUGGAGGUCAACUGCCUAUACAUAUUCUGGGAUUGGAUGCAGGAAUAAACACCGGGGCUCUGUAUAUGGAAAUAGUGGGGUGCAGAACUGAAGAAAGUGCCUAUCCUUUCCGACCAGCAGCCAUGCUCUUCCAUGGGAUCACUGGUGGACAUAUACAAGGAAUCAUGGAAGAGAUGGAGAGAAGGUCUAAGUCUGCAGACAGCCGCCUGGGCAAAGGUAUACAGGUCAAUGGCAGAGAAACAAGAAUGCCCCCUCUAAGUCCAGAGAAGCCAGCUCUUUGCGCAGGAUGUGGGGGGAAGAUAUCCGACAGGUAUUACCUCCUGGCGGUGGACAAGCAGUGGCACCUGCGGUGUCUGAAAUGCUGUGAAUGUAAACUGGCCCUGGAAUCUGAGCUGACAUGCUUUGCGAAGGACGGGAGCAUAUACUGCAAGGAGGACUAUUACAGAAGGUUUUCUGUGCAGAGGUGUGCUCGUUGCCACCUUGGCAUUUCUGCUUCAGAGAUGGUAAUGAGAGCAAGAGAAUCUGUCUACCAUCUAAGCUGCUUCACGUGCACCACCUGUAACAAGACCCUGAGUACUGGAGACCACUUUGGCAUGAAGGAAAACCUAGUUUACUGCCGGGCUCACUUUGAGCUUCUGGUCCAGGGGGACUUCCACCCACAGCUCAGCUACAGCGAGCUCUCGGCCAAAGCAGGAGGGCUGGCCACUCUUCCCUAUUUUACUAAUGGGACAGGUGCUGUACAAAAGGGGAGACCACGGAAAAGAAAAAGUCCAGCUUUGGGAGUGGACAUUAUUAACUAUACAUCAGGUUGCAAUGAGAAUGACACAGAUUUAGAUCGAGAUCAGUCCUACCCUACUUCCCAAAAGACAAAACGGAUGCGAACUUCCUUCAAACAUCACCAGCUCCGUACUAUGAAGUCAUAUUUUGCCAUAAACCACAACCCUGACGCAAAGGAUUUGAAGCAGUUGGCUCAAAAAACGGGAUUAACAAAAAGAGUUUUGCAGGGAGAACAAUGUUCGGGGUUUAACAGCCAUACAACCCGGCGUUUGAAAAUUCCCUAAAGUAUUUAAAGAAGGGGAAAAGUUUGAUCGGAAAAUCUACUGCAGUGAAGACAAAGACAAAAUUAGCCAAAAAUUAAUAAACAAAAUAUAUAUAAGACUUUUAUGUAACUUUUUUCGAAUGUUACAGCUUGCUUUUUUUCCUUUAUUCCUCAUGUAUGAUUGGCAGAUGAGACUUUAUGCCAUACUAUAGGCUUAAAAUUAAGGUUUUAAUUCCAUUUUCAUAAUAAGAACUCUGGAUUUGUCCAUAAAAUGAUGCAAACUGUGUGAUUUUUCUCCCUUUAAAAUGUAUAUACAAAGGAGCAACCUGGCAUUAACAAAUCUUAUACAGUUCUGGAUGCAAAUGUUUAUUAACAAUUUUGUCGAAAUUAAAGCACAAUUGUAAAUCAUUAAUAUAAAGGUAGAAGUAACAUUUCACAACAUGCUUGCAAAAAAAUGUAUUCUCACAACAAUGUAAACUAUCUGUGCCUGUUGAUUUUCUUUAUCGUCUUCUCAAAAGGCCAUUCCCAUGUAGCAGAACUUCUAUAAGUGUUGAGGCGUGUUACAAUAAACAUUAACUGUGCCGGUUUUAAAGCUGUUUAUCAUUGAAGCCCAGUGCAUAACACCUGAAAAUGUUCCAUGCGCUUUAGCACUUAGUCUGUAACCACAAAAUGAAUGGCCUAGAGAUGUUAAAACCUACACAUUAUAAAGAUAUGUAUGUUGAAGAAGACUACAUGGGACAGCUCUAGAAACAGAAUUCUGCAUGAAGUUAUAAUACAUGUGUUCUUUACUGUAUUCGCUUGUGCAUAAUAAUUUCUUUGAUGUUUGCUGUAUAUCAGAUAUGUUUUUCAUUAAUAAACCUUUCACUCAAUGUAGACAAAA